AUGAAAAAUAUUUGUAUUCCAUUUGUCUUGUUGCUAUGUAUCCAAUAUGUAUGUGCUAUUGAUUUGGGAUUUUCACCAAGAUAUUAUAGACAUGGCGAGCAAGUGGAUUUGAUUGUUAAUAAGGUGGAGUCUGACAACACACAGUUACCUUACAGUUAUAAAGAUUUGCCCUUUGUAUGUCCUCCUGAGAAGCCUGUUCAUCUAUCUUUGGGAGAAAUUUUAAGAGGCGAUAGGCUAUGGAAAAGUCUGUACGACUUGAAAUUUGGAGUUGAUAUGCCAUGUGUAAGACUAUGUGAUUUAAUAUCUAAAGAAACUGGUAUGCUUAAAGCAGAUACAUUGAUUAAGAAUGGAUACGUGGUUCACUGGUUGGUUGAUGGAUUGCCGGGUGCAACUACAUUUGUUUCCGGAAAUCGUAACAACAAAUAUUAUGCAGCUGGUUUUCCUCUAGGGUUCACUCAAGAUGGUAUCAGCUACAUCUACAACCAUGUUAUGAUAGUUAUUAGGUAUCACAAAGAUCCAUCAAACAAACAGUUAAGCUCGAUUGUUGGGUUUGAGGUGUAUCCUAAGAGUGUGAGUAAUGAAGAAUGUCCUGGCUCUUCAAAGAAUUAUGACAAUUUUGCUAUUACUUUUGAAAGGGAUUCUCAGCAGCAAAUCGUACCGGAAAAAACUGUCAUUCCUUAUACUUAUUCGGUAUAUUGGCGUGAAGAUAAUACUAUAGACUAUAGCUCUCGCUGGGAUUUAUAUUAUGAAAACGAAACUACCUCAAGCCAUAAGAUUCAUUGGUUUUCUUUUAUCAAUUCAAUGGUGUUAUUGUUUUUGGUAUCAUUAAUUGUGGCUGUUGUUUUGUUGAGAGUUUUAAAAUCCGACAUUCAGGCCAAUUCACCAAGCUUGCCAACAAGUGAGUACGAUGCUACUAUAAAUUCUUCAUGGAAGAGUUUAUCCAACGAUAUUACAAAAAGGCCGAAAUUUCCAUUGUUUCUUUCAGUAUUGGUUGCAAGCGGGAUUCAACUAAUUAUUGCAACAAUCGGUGUCAUCGUAGUAUUCGUUAUUAAUUCGAAGUUUAGCAUUGGAUCCUCCUUUUCCUCGAAUACUUUUUUCAAUAAUCAUCAAGGAGCGUUUUUUUCGAUUUCUUUAACGUUCUUCGUUGUAUCGGGCAUUAUUCCCUCGUUCUGUGGAAUAAUCUUGCAUAAAAUAUUCAAUAAUGAUUACUUGAAUUCUGAAUAUAACAAGUCAAAAACAUUCACUUCUUCAAUUUUGUUAAGUGGAUUUUUACCUAGUUUGAUAUUAUCUAUUGUAUUGUUUUUGAACUUUUUUGUGUGGGCGAAACAUGCAUCAACUGCAUUACCAUUCGGAACUAUAAUUGUGUUGUUGUUGGUUUUCUUCAUUAUUGAACUUCCGUUAGGUAUUAUCGGUGGUUACUAUGGAAAUAAGCAUAAGUUUGACAGAAAAUCUUUCCUUUUAACGAAUAGUGGACAUAAGAGUGAUAAUGAUGAUAAGCAUCUCAGAGCUAAGAAAAAGACAUCAUGGUUAUUAAAUCCAGCUUUCAGUGUAUUGAUCUUUGGCUUAAUUCCAUUUGGUAUUGUUUAUGUUGAAUUAUUAUUCAUUUUUAAUUCCGUUUGGUUGGAGAAAACAACCUUCUAUUACAUGUACGGGUUUUUACUAUUAACGGCUAUAGUUUUGAUUGUCAUAAUUGCAGAAUCAAUCAUUAUUGCAACAUAUAUUUCUAUUGCAGUUUACACUAACCCUAACUGGCAAUGGUUAAGUUUCAAUGUUGGAUCUAGUGUUGGGUGGUACAUUCUUGGUUAUUCAGUUUACUAUUUCAUAUUUUACUUGAAUGUGAAUGACUUUGUGAGUGCUUUGUUAUAUUUUUGUUACAUGACUUUAACUAGUUGUUUGAUAGGUGUGGCAUGUGGAGCGGCUGGUACUUUGACGGGAUUAUUGUUUAUCAAGAAAAUUUAUGGCUCUAUUAAAGUCGAUUGA